AUGAUCAGGAAAGAUAUAGCGCAAUUGGCCAACUGGCAGGGGCCGGCGUCCAUGGAAGCUGUUUCUCUUGCACGAUCCAUUGAGGCUACGAUGGAUCUUCUGUUCCGCGACUCAGAGCAGGUUGACUACACCUGGUCUCUCGCGAGCCAGGGAGGAGAACCCGGAGAAAAUCUCGAAGAACAGCUCAUCUAUUUUCGUUUGAACCGAAUAGAAGGGAAGUGGAAUGCUCAUGCAGAUGAGCUUGAAGCAGCCUUGUCGAUGUGGCUUUACUCCGUUGAUGACAUUGAGAAGAACGAAGAGACAAACGACCAGGACACAGUGGGAGACAACAAAGACGACAAGUGGCUGCGCGUCAAAGGAUCGCCUUCGAGACCUGGUUUGCGCCUUCUAGGCUCAUAUACGGAGAGUUUGCAUCGAGAUCUCUCGUGGUGGAUGCCCAGCGAGACAACCAGAAUUAUAAGGUUGCCCAGGUUGACAAAUCUCCCAGAAGAUGGUGUUGCAAAUGAUGAAUUGUGCAAGGAAAACCACAGAGUCGUUGGAUCUGGUGGGUCUGAGAUAGGCCGUCCGCGAUAUGGAGCAGCAAAACUGUCCGAGUUCACGAUCGAAAUAAAGCAACCUGAAGAAGAUGAGCGUAAAAGCUACGAAAGCGGAAGCGGAAGCAAAAGCGAGGAGGGAGUACCGGAGACUCCCCCAACGACAGAGGGUGAUGGCUCCAACCAUGACUUCUUGGCCGCUGAGUUCCUCGGUCCCUUGAAGUUACACCAGCUCUCGCAGCUGGCCAGAGACAUUGAAAGCACCGGACUCGGUAGCCUCAGUGACGCUUACCUUAGCAUGAUACCCGCGCUUAGCAUUGAAAAAAAGCUUCCCGGGGCUUCUAUCAUCAUCGACUUAGCAAGAGAGAAGGCCAGAAUUCACGAGAGGCUGCAGGACUGGCAGCAGGCAGGAGAGAUAUACUUGUGGCUGUUCCGUGUCGCCAGGACAUUCCCGCUCGAGACCGAAUUAUCCACUCUAGCAACAGUCGUAGUUGUGGAUUUCUUGAGGCAAGUCAGUUUGGCCCUGGAUUUGGCCCUACAACAAAUACAGACAUACGACGAUGAGUCACCUCACGGGCUCUGGGAGGUCAAAGAUUUGAAGCAAAAACUUCAGAAUGAGCUUCUCUCCAACUUCGAUAUGGGAGUCGAGCCGACUGUGGCCGCCCUUCUCCGAAUGUAUGAGAAUCAGAGGCGCCCGUGGAAGCUGAACCUCCUGAAGGACCCUGUAUCUUGCAAUGAAAGCGAGAGCGGUUGCAACGAAACUAGUAAUAGUGGGAAAAAGCCCGACGACAAGAUUGAUUAUGAGGCUGCAAGACUUCACGGCACUGUCGGGAGCAUGCCCUACAACACUAUAUUGAGGCUAUUAGAAGGAGGAGCAGACAUCAACGCGCAAGGCAGAGAUGGAGUCGCACCGAUACACUGUGCCGCAAUCACAGGUUUUGUGGAAGGAGUCAAGUUGUUGACAGAGGCGGGCGCAGACAUCAACGUCCUUGACGGCUCAGGGAAAACAGCCCUUCACUGGGCCGUAAUCUACGGGAGACAAGCCACGGUUGAAUAUCUGUGGAGAAUUGCGAACAGAACAUUGCGAGAUAGAAAAGGGAGAACGGCUUUGCACCUAGCCGUGUUUUCGGGAAACUGGGAGAUAGCAACAUGGCUUGCUGAAAAUGAUGCUGAAAUCGUGGCCGGGGACCGGAACAGGAGGAUACCUUUGCAUCAAGCUGCUUGGGAUGGGAAACUCGAUCUCAUACAAUUGAUGUACAAGAAGAGUCCCGCUGCUGUUAACACGCCAGACGGAGACGGUUGUACACCACUGCGUUGCGCGGUCAACAAUGCGCAAGAAGUAGUCGUUCGAUGGCUCCUCGAACAGACUGAGGCCGAAAUAAACCCCACGUCAGGAGGAGACUCGCUCAUACAUUCGGCUAUUAGACGGGGUUGCGCGGAUAUUGCUGAACUACUGAUCAAGCACGGCGCCAGCUUGACGAGCAGGAGUAGGAAUGGGGAAAGCUUACUCCAUGAGGCUAUUCUUUACGGGAAUGAAGAAAUUACAGAGAUGCUUUUAAAAGCAGGAGCAAGGAACAGUAUUGAUGAGUGUGGGAAUUCAGUCUUCAAAAUGGCGAAGGGGGACAAGAAAAAACGGGUGUUCAGGAGUCUACUGGAGAAGUACGAUGUAAAUGUGGAUGAAGAGUGGUAG